UCUAUUAGUGGCAAGAUCUCGAAUAAUGGUGACGUUUGUUACAAAUCUGGGAAAAUAUUUCACACAAAAAAGCUGUCAUUUCGAUAUUGAAUUUUAAGUUGGAGAGUGUUGUAAAAACUCUGCCGAUUGUCUGGUAGAGCUCUGCAAGUACUGUUAAACUCACGGAAAAUGUCAAAUGUUACCUAGAUCUAGAAGUCGGAAGAGAUUUGGGAAGGAAAACAAAUGAACUGUAUUGACGCUGCGGCAGCUUUGUCAUAUUUAUUUAGAAUUCUUAGCAGCGUGUUGAACCGGUGUCUGACAUAAAUAAUGGGUGGAGAAGCUGUGGUUAUUAAUAUUUAUGAUAUGUACUGGAUUAAUGAAUAUACCUCUACACUUGGUAUAGGAGUCUACCACUCUGGGAUUGAGGUGUAUGGUACAGAGUAUGCUUAUGGUGGGCAUCCCUUUCCAUUUAGUGGCAUAUUUGAUAUUACCCCAAAGGAUGCAGAAGAACUAGGAGAGCAUUUCAAGUUUAAAGAAACAAUCCGGCUUGGCUCUACAGAUUUCACACAAGAAGAUAUUCAGAAAAUUGUUGAACAGCUUGGUAACGAAUAUAAGGGUGACCAGUAUCACCUCCUAAACAAAAAUUGCAAUCAUUUUUCAUCAGCUCUUGUACAGAUUCUGUGUGGUAAAGACAUCCCUAGCUGGGUAAACAGACUAGCCUAUGUGAGCUCCUGUAUUCCAUUCAUAGAAAAAGCAAUACCAAAGGAAUGGUUGACACCUAUGGCCUUAGAACAAAGCAUACAGCACAGAACAGCGGAGCAAAAUAGACAUUAGCAAUACACACAGUACCUCAGCUAAUAUAGUGUUAGUAUUGCAGUCAAAACCUUUUAUAAGACUGGUUUGAAGUGAUUUGCUAUGUGUCACACAAUGGAAUCUAUUUUACAGAUAUGGGAUGUGUAUUAGCCUCUCCCUGUGCAGAGAAUGGGUUGAAAUGGAGAGAUUGCUGUGCCUCAGACAAUUGAGUUCCUGGUGAUUAAAUGAUGUGUUUAAGAGUCACAACAAUAGUUAUUUGAAGCUGGUUUGAAUGGGGCUCAAAAUAACCAAUUCCUAGUCAUAGAACAAGAUACUCUUUCUCAGCAUGGUCUUUGAAGAAGGCAUCAACCUUUAACCUGCUGUUACAACCAAGACAUCUGGUCAUAUCAAUUUAUCAAAGUCAUCAAAUCUAUGUAGAGAAAUAACAGCAGGGAGUGAUCUUUGAGGGGAUCAAAAAUAAUAUAUUAAUCAUGUUUCAUGCUACAAGUGCUGGGUUGCCAACAUUUACGUUCAUUUCCCAAAAUUGUAUAUCUGUUGGUUCUUUCAUGUUAUUGUUUCAGUUAAAACACCUAAUAUUUAGGAAGGGAAUUCACAGCCUGAAAUGUGUAGACUAUUCAUCACCAAUGCUUAAAUAGCAACCCAGGGAAUUUAUGUGGAACAUAGUAUUGGGUUUUUCUAAAUGAUAGUUGAUAGGUACAGGUAGGUUAGUUUAAAGAUCGCCAUCCCCGCAUAUUAAGCUCUGUUAUGCACCCAUUGUGUUCACCUUCAGGUGGGUGUGAGCUGUUGUACCAGUUUAUGUUUGCACUCCACUGAGCCAGUUUGAGAUAAUGGGAGGUUUACCAUCAUUGCAGCUGUCGAAAUGUCACUGUGUAAAUCUGUUGUUAAAGAUCAGGCCCGUAGCCAGGGGGGGUUCGGGGGGUUAGAAAGAACCGCCCCUUAUGCUGGGAAAAGGUCCACUCUGGGUAAAAAUUGAACUAGGUAUUAUAUGUGUUUAUGGGAAAAGGACCACUUUUUCAGAAAAAGAACCCCCUUUUUGAAAUUGCUGGCUACGGGCCUGAAGAUGCUAUUGCAAAAUUUGAUUUGAAAAGAAAUAAGAAAAGUGAUAGUCAAAAUUAUGUAGAGUUUGUGAAAUACAUUCUACAGAAUAUUUAUGCCAUCAGCCUAAGCUGAUGAUAAAUGUUUUAAAUUACACGGCUGUUAAGGACAGUAUUGAGAGUUCAAAAGAAAAUGGGCAGUGUUUGAGCUGAUAACAUUUUGUUAAAAGCAUGGUACAAAAAUGAAGUAGGUGGUCAAAAGGAGAGGGAAAUAUUAUAGUAAGCAUAAAGGCUUCAGUUGAAUUUAGAAGAAUUCAGUUGAGGUAGAUGUGGACCACAGAUCAGGAAAAAAAAUGGGGCUACUCUCUGGUUCCUUAUUGCUAUACGAUUUGGAAUAGUAGUACAGUGUGACUGGAUGUGAUUGCGUAUAUGUCCUGAAAUGCACUGCUGUCACAAUCUCACUGGUCACAAUCCAGAGUAAACACAGGGUGCUGCCAUGAUGGAUCUCGCUUGAGUGUUAAAAUGGGUCAAUAUACGUAUGUGGUGUACGAAUAGGUCUGGGGAAACUUAGAUUUUUAAUAAGCGUACAGUCUUGAAUAAGGCCAGACAGUGUGGAAUUUUUUGUCCAAAUGAAUGCCCGUACAUGUAUGGCAAUUAGGAACCAGAGAGUAAUCAACAUUUUAAUGGAUUUGCCUUUCCAACAUUAAAAUGUUAAAAAGUUUAAUGUUAAAAGAAAUAAGUUAGCCUUCUUAUUUAAUUUUAAUUUAUCAUUUAAAAUGAUCUGCUUUUAAAGCAUGUAAACCAUUUUUCAGUGGAAAAAGAAAACUAGUAUAUUUAUAUGAGUAGUAUCUUUAUAUGAUAUUUGUGGAUCUGUUAAGGAAAUGCUCAUUUUAACCCAUAAAUUCAAAUGAUGUUAUAUUUACUUUAGAUAUUACUACUGGUGCAUAAUAGUAUGGUGUAUAUGUGAGGAAGAAGCUCAAGAAUAUUUAAAUUUGUACAAGUAACUGUGACUGAGGUAGUUAGUCUGUGUUCAAACUGUUCUCAAAUGUAAUGAAUCUGAUUAUCUUUUAACUAUUUGAGCAAGCUAGCACAUAAUUUAUAAAGCAUUGAAUAUUAAGCUGAAUUGAGGGGAAACCAGUAUUGGGUUCCAGUUGCUCGUUUAGACUUUUUAUUUGAUUUCAUUUUCUGAAUUUACUAGUUUGGAAGAUAAAGUUAAGCUAAAGGGGGUGCUAGUAGAACAUUUUUUUCUUAUAAUGUGAGCCAGACCAAGUUAGAUAAAGGUGACUCAAAUAUAAUCCAGAUAUGCUGUCAGGCCUCCUUGUCCUAGUUUUUACAUGAAGCACUGGCUGUCAUUAGUCUGUAGGGUUGUAGUUACAAAUGGUGCUGCUUGAACGUGGUUUAUACGUGGAUAUCAACUUGAGAAUGAUGUUAUCGGAACUACAUAGAUGUACAUGUGAAUUGAUUCAGGUUGUAUAUACAUGGUCAUCAGUUCUUUUUAUCCCACUGUUCAUCAUGGUAAUUUUUCAAGUGAAAUAGCAGUUAGAAUGUAUCACAGUUAUUUGGUAGAUUUUGUAAACUAUUUGAUACCAGGUGCUUGAAGAUAUUCAAAUAAUUUACUCUGAGUUUGAUAUAUUUUCAACAAAAAGUUCACUAACAAUUUAAGAAUUAAAGAAGUUUUUGGUAGAGCUAUCUAAAAUAAAAGAAUGAAUGGAUGACAAAAUGUUUGGAAAGAAAUAAAUAUUGGGUGAUUA